AUGUCGUCCUGCAGCCGCGUGGCGCUGGUGACUGGGGCUAACAAGGGCAUCGGCUUCGCCAUCGCGCGCGAGCUGUGCCGGCAGUUCUCGGGGGACGUGGUGCUCACGGCGCGGGACGCGGCGCGGGGCCGGGCGGCCGUGCAGCAGCUGCAGGCCGAGGGCCUGAGCCCGCGCUUCCACCAGCUGGACAUCGACGACCUGCAGAGCAUCCGCGCGCUGCGCGACUUCCUGCGCAAGGAGUACGGGGGGCUCAACGUGCUGAUCAACAACGCCGGCAUCGCUUUCAAGGGUGAUGAUCCAGCGCCAUUUGAUAUUCAAGCUGAGAUGACGCUGAAGACAAAUUUUUUUGCCACUAGAAAUGUCUGCACCGAAUUACUGCCAAUAAUGAAACCCCAUGGUCGAGUGGUGAAUAUUAGUAGUUUACAUGGUUUGAUAGCUCUUGAAAAUUGCAGUGAAGAUCUGCAGGAGAAGUUCCGAAGUGAGACACUCACAGAGGGGGACUUGGUGGACCUCAUGAAAAAGUUUGUGGAGGACACAAAAAAUGAGGUGCAUGAGAGGGAAGGCUGGCCCACCUCAGCUUACGGGGUGUCCAAGUUGGGGGUCACAGUCUUGUCGAGAAUCCUAGCCAGGCGUCUGGAUGAGAAGAGAAAAGCCGACAGGAUUCUGCUGAAUGCGUGUUGCCCUGGGUGGGUGAAGACAGACGUGGCUGGGGAUCACGGCUCCAGGACUGUGGGAGAGGCAGCCGAGACCCCUGUCUACUUGGCUCUCCUGCCUCCAGAUGCUACUGAGCCGCAAGGUCAGCUGGUCCGUGACAAAGUUGUACAAAACUGGUGA